CUCGCUCAGCUUUCCAAGCAAGAGGAUCUCGGCUUCGGCAGCAGCAGCAGGAGCAGCAGCGGCGGCGGCAGCGGCAGCAGCAGAAGAAGCAGCAGCAUCCUCCAGCCCCAUCUAGUGCUCCCAGGCGGCGCUCCCCGCGGCGCACAGCGCUGCCACGGCUGAGCUACUGAGCGGCUGGGACUCUAGCCAGCGAAGCCCGCAGAGCGGAGCGCGGAGAGCGCAUCGCGGCCGAGCGCAGCGCAGUGCCCCGGGGCUGUGUCUCCCCCCACCCAAGGCAGCAGCGGCUGCACAGACUUGGUCCUCAGGGGGUGGGGGGGAGCAGUAGGGGAACUGUCGGCCGCGGCGAUCCCAGCAACAGCAGCCGCCGCCGCCGCCACCCCGGUCCUCUCCUUGAUUGGCUCUUCUCGGCACCGCUGCCAGGAGGGAUUGCGAACUUUGUCUCCAGACCUGCUCAGCGGGUCUCCGUGGUCCUGACCUCAGCCCCUAUGCAUUUAUUGGCUGGCACUCGGGCUUCCUGGGGUUAAUGUUCAACAGGGGGUCUGCCGAGACCGGAUCAGAGGAGCCGCCGCUGGUCGGGAAUCUAAGAUGAAGUUAUGGGAUAUUGUGGCUGUCUGCCUGGUUCUGCUCCACACUGUGUCCGCCUUUCCGCUGCCUGCUGGUAAGAAGCAUCCCGGAGAGCUAGAAGAAGAGUACACCCCCAGCCGACUGACUCCUUAUGCUGUGAGAAGUGACUCAAAUAUGCCGGAGUAUUAUCCUGACCAGCUGGAUGAUGUUGUGGAUUUUAUUCACAACACGAUCAAAAGACUAAAAAGGUCACCAGACAAACAAACAGAAUUGUUUCCUCGGCGGGAGAGGAACAGACAAACUGGAGCAACCAAUGCAGAUCGGAAGAGGCAGAGGGGACAGAGGGGCAGGAACCGGGGCUGUGUCUUAACCUCCAUACAUUUAAAUGUGACUGACUUGGGUUUGGGAUACGAAACCAAAGAAGAAUUGAUUUUUCGAUAUUGCAGCGGAUCUUGUGAUGCAGCUGAGACCACAUACGACAAAAUAUUAAAAAACUUAACCAAAAAGAAAAGGCUGAUGAGUGACAAAGUUGGGCAGGCCUGUUGCCGGCCCACUGCUUUUGAUGAUGACCUGUCAUUUUUAGACGAUAACUUGGUUUACCACAUACUGAAAAAACAUUCCGCUAAAAGGUGUGGAUGUAUCUGACUCUUGUUUCCGGGAGACGGCUAUGUAUUGCAUUCCUGCUACAGUGCAAAGGAAGGGACCAAGGUUCCCAGGAAAUGUUUGCCCAGAAUGGAGAAUGAGGACCAAGGAUGGAGAUGAAGGAGGAGAAACAGGCAGAAGUCAGCCAUCAUGGGAGCCUGGUAGAGGGAGAUCCAGCUACAGACAACUGGAUGAGAGAGAGAGAGCGGCCCUCUAGUUUCAACAGGAAAGCAACUUAAAGGCGCAUCACAGGCUCAGGGCCAGUGUUCCUGGAUGGAUGUUGCCACAGUCAUAUCACUUGGUACAAUCCACCAUCACCUGUCAUCAGCUCGGAAUGUGCUGAAAGGACACAACCACGUAGUCUCCUGUGGUUUGUUUUCACAUGUUUGGUUACA